CCAAUGUACAAUUUUUUAAAUUUGUUAAACAAUUCGAGAACCGAUCCCACUGUAUAUAGUUAUUUCCAUUACAAAAUUAUAGAAUCUCGUUUACUUUUAGGUAAUGUCAUUGCUUCUCAUGAUAAUUCCGUUUGUAUUGAACGAUGCUGGAAUCAUGCACUGUCUGGCUGUUGCCCCAACACUCAUCAUGUCUGUUAUGUUUAUAGUACUCUAUUUAGUGGACCAAGUGCAUAACUUGGCUGAGCAACUUUACUUAGUAACACAGAUAUUUUUAACUACUGCUGCUUUUCUCCUAGUAUUUUUGCAAACCGAACCCGCAGGGAAAUUGUAUGGACUAUUUUAUUGCCACCUCUUAAUAGCACUCUGUAUAGACAAUUAUUUUGUUAUUAGAGAAAGAGGAUGCAUAUUGUUUGGUGAUAAUGAUGACUGAUUAUGUUUAAUAAAUUAAUUAUGAACAUUCUAUUAUUUUAUUGUUCUAAUUUAGUUGUUAUUAAAAGGUGUAGGUUUUUAGGCAACAGAUUUGUUAAAAAAACAUAACUGGCAAAAUUUAUUCUUAUACUACUUUUUAACUACAAGAGCCUCUUACUUUUAGGUAGUCGCACUUCUUCUGAAUAUAAUUCCCCAUAUUGUGGAGCCGGUGGAUAUUUGGCAAUGUGUGGUCGCUGCUCCGACCCUAAUGCUGUCCAUGUUUUUAAUGGUGCUAUAUGUUGUUGAUCAGGUUCAAUAUGAAGCUGAAUUUUAUUACAUAAUAAUAGAACUUACUUUGACAAUAUUGGCAUUAAUAAACCUUUUAAUUUCUGGCAAAAUUGUUGGAGCAAUUUAUGGAUUGUUUUAUUUAGAUUUGAUAAUAGCAUUUUGUAUGGAUGGUUAUUAUAUGUACAAAGAGAGAGGAAUAACUCUAUGAUAGUUAUUAAAAUAAUAAUUCUGAGUGGUUUAUCUUUUAUUUUAAUUUUUAAUAUUUAUUUGUAACAUGUUAUUUAAACAGUAACAAUGCUCUAUCAUAACUUCCUGUGAUAAAUGGUUAUGUGAUGUGUUCAAUAAUGUGGACUUAUUCCUAAUGAACAAAAUAAACAAAUGAUAGAAAAGCAGUUUUUAUAUAAAUAUUAUUACCUAAAAAUGUGCCGUGUUUUUAAAAUAUGGACGAAAAUAUCUAAAAGGAUAUUUAAAGUGACAUUGAACGAAGUUGCAUGGAUUAGUGCGAUAUCUUUGACAAUCUUACUUAUCUGGACUUGGAUCAAUGGAGAAACUAAAGUUAUUAAAUAUGGUGAUAACCCAGUGAUAAUGUGGUGGACUUCAGGAUUUCCUGGAACCUCAGAAACAAUACAUUGUCCAAACAAUAUAAAGUGUGAUUUUAUAAAAGACAAAAAUUAUAAUGAAAUUUUCAAUGUCAAUGCGUAUUUAUUUUACGCGAGUAACAUCAAGUUUGAUGAUCUACCAUUACCAAGGAAUCCAAAUAAAAUUUUAUGGGGCCUGUAUCAUGAGGAAUCACCAAGAAAUGUUGAAGAGUUGUUGCACGAAAAAAUACUAAGUCUAUUCAAUUAUUCUGCAACAUUUAGUCGGUACAGCGACAUUCCAUUUCCUUUGCAGUAUUUAGAAUCAUUACAAGAUAUAACGAGUACAAAAUAUUUUAAGCCAACUAGAGUUAAAACAAAAUUGUUGAACGAACUAUCGCCCAUUUUAUAUCUUCAAUCUGACUGUGAAACGGCUACAGAAAGAGACACUUACGUAAAGGAACUAAUGAAGUUUAUCGAGAUUGACUCUUAUGGAGCUUGCCUGAAUAAUAAAGAAAUGCCGAUGAAAUUCCAAGAAGAUUAUUUAAAUAAUUUAAAUGAUGAUGAUUUUCUUAAUUAUAUUUCAAGAUACAAAUUUGUACUGGCUAUAGAAAACGGUGUUUGCGAGGAUUAUGUAACAGAAAAGUUUUGGCGGGCUAUCAAAAUUGGUACCGUGCCGAUUUAUUUUGGAUCAACAACAAUAAGAGACUGGUUACCAAACAACAAAUCAGCAAUUUUAUUAGAGGAUUUUCCAACACCAAAAAGGAUGAGUGAUCACCUAAAAAAGCUUUUAAAUAAUGACAAUUUGUACGAAGAAUACUUAACACAUAAGACCAAAGAAGAAAUAACGAAUAAAAGACUGAUAGAUGAAUUUAAAACGAGACAAUAUCAAAGAGAUGCUCUAGAAGUAGCUUCAAAGUUUGAAUGUUUUAUUUGUGAGAAACUUCACGACAAUAAUGUAGGGAUGCAAGUUAAACGCGUAGUGAGUAAAAAACAUUAUAACUGCCCUAAGCCAAUCUCGGCACUGACAUUGCAAGUAAAUCCUUCUAAUGACUGGGUUUAUUCAUGGGAAAUGGCUAAGAAAAGGGCAGAUGAUAUUUACGACAAAGUUACGAAUUUAAAAUGAAAAAAUAUAUAUUUGUUACUUCAUAGAAAUAUAUUUUUAUAUUUGAAUACAUUUUUACCAUA